UGACGAUGGCUUCAUUUUGUCUGGCCGUGUGUAAGGGGGGUUACGUAACAGCUAUUACUGCGCUUUGCUGGGCGAGGCGCAUUACUUGAAAGCGUUUCCUAAUACAACAUCGAAUUACCCACAUCUUCAAACCCUAAAGAUUUAGUGUCAACCCCUUUACAUUAACAACUACUACAAUGAUUCUCCUAUGACACAACCCCACUCGGCCUUUAUAAACCUGUCCUGUCCUUUUCUUUAUAUUUUUUAUUUUUAUUCUCAUUUUUAUUUUAUUUUAUUUUAUUUUGGAUCUAUACACUUCCAAAAGUCGAUUGUUAUUCUAAUUCAACAUGGCCGUGAAACACAUAGUCCUGUUCAGGUUCAAGGCCGACGCCAGCGCCGAGACCGUAAAAGAGGGAACCUCGCGCAUGCUGAGCCUGAAAGAAGGGUGCAUUCACCCGACGACACAGAAGCCAUACAUCAAGGCUCUAACUGGCGGGAAAGAUAUCUCUAUCGAGGGAGCUGAUAACGGUAUUACCCACGCCUUCGUUAUGGAAUUCGAAUCCAUCGAAGACCGAGACCAUUACGUCAACAACGAUCCGUACCAUGCGGAGUUCAAGAGCUGGAUCAUAUCCUAUCUAGAGAAGUUUAUUAUUGUAGAUUAUGAGGAGGGUGUGUUUUGACUAGGUACCUAGGUUAAACCUAUGGGGUCAUCGGAGAAUCUGGGGAAACUGGUAUGAUGCCAAUUAGUUAUAAAACUCCUUACCUGGGUUAUGCGAAGAUGCUCGGUCUAUUCUCUAGCUCUCGUAGCCAUAUCUAUCUGGUAUCAAUGAUAUAAUCAGAAUACCCCCCCAACCUCUUCAUAGUCCUUGAA